GAAAUCUACAGAAUCCAAAACUGCUAUUUCUCCAAAAAUUGCUUCUGAGCGGAGCUAGCUAUGGCUGAACUGCAGCUGACCCCUCCGCCUCCAGGACCGCCGCUGCCAGCCGUCGCUACACCUGCGACGAGUGGAAGCUUGGCUACGAACAUUCCGGUGAAUCAAAGUUCUGCCGUCGGCGAUGGCAGACUUCAAAAUGCCACUCAAUAUGUUCCUGUUAAUUAUAAGAGCCUCCUUCAACAAUAUGCACAAAAAGCACGCUUACUACUCCCAGACUAUGCAAUUGUCAAUGAAGGUUAUCCACAUGCGCCACAAUUUAGAGGUACAGUCUCAAUAGGCGGAGAGAAGUAUACUUCUCCUAACACAUUUGCACACCGGAAGGCUGCAGAACAGGAUGCUGCGAGACAUGCAAUGGAGAGCAUGCCACCAAUAACAAAGAAAGAGGAACUACAACUACUUAAUAAUAUUCAUGAGGAUAAAAUGUUCUGCAAGUCCAUCUUAAAUGAGCUUGUGAUGAAGAUAAAUGUAGAAAAUCCAACUUAUCAUACUGUCCAGCCAGAUGCAUCAGUUCAAGCUUUCAAGUGUACAGUUGUUUUCAAUGGUCGUUCUUAUACUGGGGAGGCUGGAAGAAACAAAAAGGAGGCUGAACGAUUAGCAGCUCGUGCUGUAAUUGUCUCAUUGUUGGAGUCUGAACAUAAAACCAUCCUCUCAGAGAUAAUCCAAUCUAAGGACAAGCUUUAUGCUAGCAUAAAUAAAGUCAAGGAUUGUAGCCCUAUUAGCACGGGAGACAUGCUUACUGGAGUAACUGGAAAGGGGGUUUUAAUGGAAAAUAACACUGCUAGUCAGCAAUCAAGCAUUGUCCAACAUACAACUACUCAAGUUACAGAAGUUCCUCACCAUGAAUUCAAGAAACCAGGACUUGAACAUUCAGAACUUAUAGAAGGAUCUUGUAGAUUGAUUGCAAUCCCUCCAACAGGUGUGCCCACAUCAGUGCAGCCCAAUUUGAUUGUAUUUGUGCAGCCAACGGGGGAAAAGAAACGGAAACGGAAAUCCAAGAAUAAGGCUAAGAAACAUAGUCAAGUUGGUUCACAGGUACCUUUGGUUCUGGCGCACCCAAGUCAAGUUUCUUGAUCCCCUCAGCAUUGCGAGUGGAUUAAGUCACUAAUCCUAGGACAGCUAGAAUCUGCAUUUGAGCUUCUCUCUUCCGCAAUCUCCCAGCAUGAGGAUGGUUAAGCUUGCUGAUUAUCACUACAUGAUAAAUACCGUUCUGAAUGUCAUAGUUAAAGCCCCUGUAUUUGGCAGCCUAAGCUACAAAUAUGUACUUGAGUUCUGUGAAUAUGUGUAGGUAAUAGUCAUAACUUUCUUUUUUUUUUUUUUUUGUAGUGAAUUUUAAACAAUUUGGACUUUUUAUGUGAUGUCAUUUAGGGUGUUAACUAAUGAUUUUUUUAAUCUAUUAUAUUUGGUUAACAAUAGUUA